GGGAGCCACGUCGUGGUCAUGGCUCGCACCAAGCAAAGGGCGCGGAAGUCGACCGGCGGCAAGGCGCCGCGGAAGCAGCUGGCCGCGAAGGUAGCCCGCAAGAGCGCCCCGGCCACCGGCGGCGUGAUGAAGCCGUACCGCUAUCGGCCCGGCUCGGUGGCGCUGCGCGAGAUUCGCCGCUACCAGAAAUCCAGCGCCCUGCUGGUCCGCAAACUGCCGUUCCAGCGGCUGGUGCGAGAGGUCGCGCAGGAUUUCAAGACCGACCUGCGCUUUCAGAUGUCGGCUAUGAUGGCGCUCCAGGAGGCCUGCGAGUCCUACUUGGUGGGGCUGUUUGAGGACACCAACCUGUGCGCCAUCCACGCCAAGCGUGUCACCAUCAUGCUCAGAGACAUGCAGCUGGCGCGCCGCCUCCGCGGGAAGCCGGUCUAG